AUGCAUUCCCUUCCGUCACCAAGGUUCAUCAGCGUUCGUGUGGCUCGCGACGCUGCAGAUGACGCGGAAGCCGAAUCGAGCGAUUCACUCCUCGGAUCCAAUGACGGGGAAAAGACAUGGAGCGACAUGACAGCAAGAGUCUCGUCGACUGAUAGCAGAACACGAUUAUGGACGGCCGUGAUGACAGCAAGGUCGCUAUUAGACACGGCAUUAUUGCUCAUAAUCGUGGGGUUGUUAUUCGAGCGCGGGUGGGACAAACAAAAACACCCAAGUCCGGCAUUCGAGUUUACCGGCGACAUCACUGGAUUCGCUCCCCAGUUAUCGCAGCAGAUCAAGUCUUUUGUACCCGAUUCGGCCUUCAUACCGGAGAACGGAUCCGAGUUCUUCACAGAAGCAGUCCAUCAAAAGUGGCUGGGCAUCGUUCCAAAAGGGCUAGGAUACGUCCGAAUGAACGACACGGCAGGCUACAACAAUCUCCCCACGCCUCUCAAAUCUCACCCAAACUCGACAUUUACGACAUCAAUGACGCACCAGUUGCACUGCCUGCACUCCAUUUCCGGGGCACUCGCAGCCUACUCAUCGAACCAGCUCAGUUUUCUCCCCUCGGACGGCCCGUGGCAUCUGAGCCACUGCCUCGAAUAUCUGCGGCAGAGCAUCAUGUGCUGCGGCGACAUGGCCCUCGAGGGCCAGCAGACCACGUUCCCGCCUGGCUUUGACGGCAGUGACGGCUGGGACGCGAAGCACGUCUGCAAGGACUACAGCCAGAUCCUAUCUCACUUGGAAGACAAGCGGGCGGAUGAUGAGGUGUGGAUUUGA